AUGACCCUUACGAAUUUAGAGCUUCCUCGUGAAUAUAAUAGUAGUGCUAACACUGGACCACAUGAUAGUAGUGCUAGCACUGGACCACAUGAAGCUUCUUCCAAGCCUGACUUUUGGUGUCCAGGUAAUCAGCCAGAAGGACUGGUCAAAGACCGGUCCGAAGAUCCCGAGAAUUAUCACCAGGUAGACACCAGAGAAAAUAGAGGUAACGUAAUAUUACACAUCAUAUACUCUCCCGUCUUCAGUUGGGGCUUUGAUAUUUUUGGCCUUAAGGAUUUUCUUAUAUUUCUCUGGGCUACCUCACCUGCUGGUGUACACGUCCAACCUUUAUUUAAAACUACCCAAAGUUCACUCCUGUGCUUUAUUAACACGUUUUUUUAUUUAAUUACAGAUGAACUGGAGUCUCAGAUAUUCCCGGGCAACAGUAGCGAGACGGACUACUUUCGGCUCUUGCAGCGGGAUGGUGAUUCACUCCUCAUUGGUGCGAGAAACAUCGUCUACAAUAUCAGUGUCCACAACUUGGAAGAGAACUUCAGUCAAAGAAUUGUGUGGUUCUCCAAAGAGCAAGACAGUUCCAUGUGCUUCGAUAAGGGCAAGUCCGUGGACGAAUGUCAGAAUUAUAUCAGAGUUCUGGCCAAGGAGGGUGAGGGACGGUUCCUGGUGUGUGGUACCAACGCCUACAAGCCACUCUGCCGCAGAUACGCUCAACAGACUGAUGGCAGCUUCAACUUCACGGAGACCAAUGGUGCUGGCCAGUGUCCCUAUGACCCAAGACAUAAUUCUACUUUCGUUUAUGUUGAUGGUGAACUUUACUCUGGGACAGUGGCAGACUUUCAAGGAACGAUCCCUCUCAUCUUCAGACACCCUCUUAAGACGGAUCACAAUGAUUACAAACAGUUAAAUGCACCAGAUUUUGUGCACUCCUUUGAUUAUGGAGACUUUGUCUUCUUCUUCUUCCGGGAGACUGCAGUUGAAUACAUGAACUGUGGUAAACGUGUUUACUCUAGAGUUGCUCGUGUGUGUAAAGGAGACAGAGGCGGAGGACAGCAGCGUUUUAAGCUAUCUUGGACUUCUUUUCUUAAAAGCAGACUCAACUGUUCCGUCCCAGGGGACUAUCCCUUCUAUUUCGAUGAAAUUCAGUCAACGACGGAUGUGAUUUCGGGAGUGUAUGGCGGUGAAAGUCACAAAAUAAUAUAUGCUGUUUUCACUACACCACCCAACUCUAUUCCGGGAUCGGCUGUGUGUGCGUUUUCUAUGAGAGCAAUUUUGGAUACGUUUGAGGGAUCCUUCAAAGAACAAGAGACAAUAAAUUCCAACUGGCUACCAGUUCGCCAGUCUGAAGUACCAGAGCCCCGUCCAGGAAGUUGUGUUGAAGAUAGUCAGACUCUACCUGAACACAAUGUUAAUUUUGCCAAGGAUCAUCCACUAAUGGAUGAAGCAGUUCCUGCCUUUUUUUCUCAACCUCUCCUUAUGAAGGCUUCAUUUGAAUAUCGUUUCUCAAAAAUGGUGGUCGAUCCUCAAGUUACAUUUUUGGAUGGAAAGACUGUCGAUGUUCUCUUCAUUGCUACAGAUAAUGGAAUAAUCUUUAAGGCUAUCAACACACUUGCAUCAGAAGGCAUAAAGUAAGAUAUUUCAUUCUUUU